CAUUAAGUUGUUAGUGCAUUGUACCCCUUAGUAUACUACAAUUAAGGUAAGCAUGACCUGGUCCGAAGAGUCUCAUCAAAUUUGUUUGUCUCUACAAUCAGAGGAUAAGUUUAAGAGGAAACAAGUGCUCAAUGAUAUUUUGCAACAUGUCGAGUCGAUCGAAACUAUGGACCAACAAGAUUCGUUACAGUUGUGGGAAACAUUUCACAGACCCAUUGUUCGUACUCUACACGAUCAAAUGGAGGCUUGCAGAGACUUGGCACUCAAGAUUUUAAAAAAGUUCAUCCUGCACUUGCCGUGUUCUGACAAGAACAUAGUGUACGUGAUACCUAUUAUCACGAAACGCUUGGGACCGCAAGAGUUGAUCGAAACGUCUGAAGAAGUGAGACUGAAGUGUAUCAUCUUAUUGCGAGCUAUCGUAGAUAAGUAUCAAGACAAACUGACGGCUUAUUUUGAAGAUUUGGUGGCAAUUUUGACGAGAACUGUCACUGACAAGUAUCCGGAAGUCAAGCAGGAAAGUUGCGAGUGUAUCUGCGAAGUCGCUAAAGCUCUGCCUAACGAUUUUAAUAAACGAUCGGAGGUUUUCGUUAGGCCGAUAUUAAGUAACUUGGCUCAUCAGCACCACAAAGUGCGGAUAACUACUAUCAAAACAAUUGGCGUAGUGUUGAUUUACGGCGAUAGCAAACUGAUGGAAAUCGUGGCAGGACCAAUGGCCGAGAGAUUGUUUGACCAGUCGGGUACCGUUAGAACAACUGUCAUCGAUGUGGCUGGAAUGUGGAUGAUGGAGCUGAAAGACAGGUACAGCUAUUGGUACAAAUUACUGCCUCUGUUACUCACAGGCAUGAACGAUGUAAUCGCGGAUAUUCGUGACAAGGCAUCGAAACUAUGGAUGGCCGUCGGUGAAAAAUACAUCACAGAGAACGAAUCCGACAAAAAAUUCAAAGAGAAAUUGGAUUUUCUUCCCGAGUGUCUGGCUCAUUAUCCCGCCAAUAUUGUCAGACCAAAUUUAGGAUGCCGUACAAUAGUCCAACAAAAUUUGUGCAAGCUUAUACCAGCCUUGUCUCGAGAACUUGGUGACUGGCUAAGUGACAUAAAAGUUCGAGCUGCUCAGUUACUCUGCAUUCUCGUACUCAACGUCGAAGAGGAAAUAACAAAUUACUUGAAAAAGUUACUUCCAGCCAUGUAUCGAGCUUGCGUCGACGAGGACAACAGGGUCGUAGAAAAUGUUGAGCUCGCUGCCGAAUACAUGGCGUACUUUGUCCCUGCCAAUGUCUUGCUCGACCAUUUGAUAUCGGAUCUCUGUGGACUUCCUACCAAGGGCCAGUUGAAGGUGUUUGCUGGCAUAUUGCGGGGCUGCACGAGAAAAGAGCUCGUCGUCGAACUACCCAGAAUCGCCAAGUUUUUAAAAGAGAGUGAAAUAUGCUUGAAUCGUAAGCGACACUAUCAAUUAGAUGUGCUCAACUGCUGUCAGUCGCUACUCGAUGUCUGCAAGGAGGACUGUUCCACGAUAUCCGAGACCUUGUUCGUGACGAUCUUUACCGUCCUUGCCCUGUCGUUGGACAUAUUGGUCUCAGACAAGGCCAAGAAAUUACUGGAACUUCUUUCAAAAACUGAAGGCUUAGAUCACUCGAAUGAGCUCUACGAGAAGUACAUCAAGGUCGUUUUAACGUCAAUUCAAGCAGAACCCGAACUAUGGAACACCAGCUCUCACGAGUUUUUAAUUUUUCAAGCCUGCUUAACUCACGCGAGAUCGGCAUCGUGUGCCAACUUGAAACUGGUUCAUCCUAUUUUCGAAAAAACCACUUCAGGCGAAGCUGAUCCAAAACUGCGGUUGAAGCAAUAUAUUCUUCUGUCAGAGUACUUUCAACACUGGGACAAGCCAAGUGAAGACGGAGAUACCAAGGCUUUUGUCGAUUUUGCAAGCUUAAUGCUCGAAAAAGUUAUUUUUCCUGGAUUAAAAUGGGCUGCUGGCAGAACAGCCGAGGCAACGCGUACUGCAUCCGUGUGCUGUCUUUGUACCCUGCUGAACAAAAUUGUGGGCAAUUGUAAAGAUAAUGGUACUGAAGGUGAUCAAAAGUCGAAGCUCCAGUCAUCUAUAACAGUAGAGCAUUUUGGCUGGCUGUUUGACAGGGUUCAUCCGAUUCUCGUUAAUCUGAUUGAAGAUGAUUCGCACAAAACGAGACUUUACACACUUCAAGCCAUUUGUCUUGUGAUGAACAUUGGACAAGAAUUGUCUUGCAUUAAAGAAGAGCACAUUCACCAAAUGAAUCCUGAUAUACUGACUCGUCUGGAGGAUCAACACGAUGACGUUCGUCUUGCGGCCGUUGAAGCGAUGAAGGAGAUUUGGAAAGUCUUGCCAAAAGAUUACGAUCUUUCAUUUUAUUACGUUCACAUAGAAUACGCCUACUCGAAGAUGCUGACGCAUUUGGAUGAUCCGGGAAUAAAAUUUCAAAUGCAAACCUUUGAUUGCUUGAUGGAUCUUAUGAAAGUGCAUCCAGAACUGUUGAUUGAAAAAGUUCAAGAAUCUCGAGACAAGUUCAUCAAUCAGAAAGCUUUGGACAAAUUGGUUGAAGCUGCUCAAAAUCACUUAAAAAAUAAGAUAACACAGUAAUUUUUUUUUUUUUUAUAAAAUAUU